ACCACACUGAGAUUUUUUGCAGUCUCUGCAACACGCUACCUUUUAAGGUCAAGAUGUUGUUAAGUAUAAAGAGUAUCUUAUGGAUGUACUCUACGUUAGUUAUAACUUGUAUGCUACCUAAAGUUAAAGCAGAAAAAAAAACCCUAGUAAAGGGAUCCCUCUCUGGAACUUCAGUCUUGCCGUGCUUCUUUUCAACCACACCCACCAUAGCCUCCAGCUAUGCAGCUGAGUAUCUUCGGAUCAAAUGGUCAAAGGUUGAACUGGACAAAAGUGGAAAAGAUGCAAAAGAAACUACAGUCCUGGUGGCCCAAAACGGCAACAUCAAAAUAGGUCAAAGCUACAAAGACAGAGUGUCUGUUCCACCCCACUCAGAGGAGACUGGUGAUGCUUCGCUGACCUUCUCUAAGCUGCGUGCGAGUGAUGCAGGGGUGUAUCGCUGCGAUGUUAUGUAUGGAGUUGAAGACACACAAAGCAUUGUAUCAUUGGCUGUUGAGGGUGUUGUGUUUCACUAUCGUGCAGCAACUAGCAGAUAUACUCUGAAUUUUACACAAGCUCAGCAGACUUGUCUGGACAAUGGUGCUGUCAUAGCAAGCCCAGAACAACUGAAAGCAGCCUAUGAAGAUGGAUUUGAACAAUGUGAUGCCGGCUGGUUGUCUGACCAGACAGUGAGGUAUCCAAUUAGGCAUCCAAGAAUUGGCUGCUUUGGAGAUAAAAUGGGAAAGAAAGGAGUCAGAACAUACGGGCGCCGUUUUCCUAAUGAAACUUAUGAUGUCUAUUGCUAUGUGGAACACAUGGAAGAUGAAGUGGUUCAUGUCUCUGUCCCGGAAAAGCUGACUUUUGAUGAAGCUAAAGAGCUGUGUCAAAAAAGAGAUGGCGUUCUUGCUUCUGUUGGGAACCUGUAUGUGGCAUGGAGGAAUGGCUUUGACCAGUGUGACUAUGGUUGGCUGGCAGAUGGCAGUGUUCGUUACCCAGCCUCGGUGGCAAGGCCCCAGUGUGGUGGAGGUUUACUUGGGGUGAGAACCCUGUAUCGCUAUGAGAACCAGACAGGCUUUCCUUACCCAGAUAGCAAGUUUGAUGCCUACUGCUAUGAACGCCAAGAUCCAUGCAAGAGCAAUCCCUGCCUUAAUGGUGGUACCUGCUACCCACGUGGUUCAUUUUACAUCUGUACGUGUUUGCCAGGUUUCAGUGGUGAGCAGUGUGAAUUAGAUAUUGAUGAAUGCCAGUCUAAUCCAUGCCGGAAUGGAGCCACAUGUAUAGAUGGCCUCAAUACCUUUACUUGCUUGUGUCUGCCAAGCUAUGUAGGUGCUCUCUGUGAACAAGACACAGAGACCUGUGAUUAUGGCUGGCACAAGUUCCAAGGGCAGUGCUACAAAUACUUUGCCCAUCGACGUACAUGGGACACGGCCGAAAGGGAAUGCCGUCUCCAGGGAGCACACUUGACAAGCAUCUUGUCUCACGAGGAGCAGAUCUUUGUGAACCGUAUUGGGCAUGACUACCAGUGGAUAGGCCUCAAUGACAAGAUGUUUGAGCGUGAUUUCCGCUGGACUGAUGGUAGCCCACUGCAAUACGAAAACUGGCGACCAAACCAGCCGGACAGCUUUUUUUCUGCUGGAGAAGAUUGUGUUGUUAUAAUAUGGCAUGAGAAUGGCCAGUGGAAUGAUGUACCAUGCAAUUAUCACCUUACCUAUACUUGCAAGAAAGGAACAGUUGCUUGUGGGCAGCCUCCUGUUGUGGAAAAUGCAAAGACCUUUGGGAAGAUGAAACCUCGUUAUGAGAUCAACUCCCUUAUCAGAUAUCACUGCAAAGAUGGUUUCAUCCAACGUCAUAUUCCGACUAUUCGGUGUCAAGGAAAUGGAAGAUGGGAUAUGCCUAAAAUUACUUGCAUGAAUCCAUCCACAUACCAAAGGACUUACUCUAAGAAAUACUACUAUAAACAUUCUUCAUCAGGAAAGGGAACAUCAUUAAACUCAUCAAAACACUAUCACCGUUGGAUCAGGACAUGGCAGGACUCAAGGCGCUGAGAGCUAAAUGGUGAAUGGGGAUUUCCACCAUUUCAGCCAAAGUUGUAACAUUCUGUGCCUUUUCUAUCACUUGUAGGAGUAUUAUCAAAUUGUUUUGAAACUAUGGACUGCGGUAUUCACAGUGUGUUCUGGAAAAACAUGGUGUUUAUCAGAAAAUUUUAAAAAAAAAGAAAGAAAAAAAGAGAAGUGCUUAUGGGGAUAAAAGGAAACCAUUUCCAGCCUAUAAAGAUUACUAGUUUUCUAUAUGCCGUCAGUGUGGACCAUUUCAUGAUACAUGCCAGCCUUCUGCAAUAUUUAAACAGCUCAAUAAUAGCACCAAUGAAAAUGUAAAUAAGAUGAUUUUAAUGUUGUUUAAUUGUGUGUUGUUUUUAAAAUCAUGUAUAUAAAAUGAAAAGUCACACUAAUUUCAGGCAUAUUUAUGGUUAGAAUGGCCUCAGAGGUCUUCGGUCAUUUAUGACAUUAUUUUUGUGUUGUUUACCUAGGCUGGAAAUGGUUGAAAUAACUUCACUGACUGAAAUUUGUUGUUACCAGGUGAAGAUAAACACACAAGUUACACGACUUUUGGUUUGUUUGUUUGUUUCUUUUAAAUGGCAACUGUGCCAAUUCCAAUCCAAGGUACAGUUUGUGUCCAAGAGAUGCAAGGUAGACAGAGCACAUAAAAGUGGCAUGGAGCAUAAACUAGGGACUGCAAUGUGGAACUUUUUUUUCUGCUCUCCAUUCCAGUUUCACCAUUCGUGAGAAAGGACUGCACGGAGGAGAUGCCUAUGACAAGGAGGGCCUGUAAAAAUCCAAGUGCUAAUACAUUAACUUUAUCAACCAGGGCCACUUUUCUGAAACGAGAAGACAAAAAAAUUAAAAAAAAUUAAAAAUUACUUUCACAACAUUAACCACAAGGUCUAUAUCACAGGUCUCUGCAUUCUGAAAUGGAGGGAGACCUGUUGUUUGGGGGAUUUUUUUUUUUUUUGUAAAAAACAAACAAAAAAUUGAAAAAAGUAAAUAAUUUUGUAUAUAUAACCAUUUUUUAAUCUUUUUAUAAAGUAAUGAAUGUUUGUGUAUGAAUGCUGCAGCUGUGAAGCGUACAUAAAUAAAUGAAGUAAGCCAUACUGAUUUAAUUUAUUGGAUGUUAUUUUACCCAUGCAAAGAAGAUUAAAAGAGCUCGCCAGUGCAGUAUUAGCCCCUGAGCUCCACUUUUGGAACCACCUCUCAGUUCAACUGCUAUUUCCCUGGAGAACAAAAUUCCUGCUAAACAGGAUCAUUUGUUUGCGAUUAGAUGGGUGAGAACUGUAUGACUUACAGAAGAAUCAGAAUCUUAGCUUUCUAGAAAGAAGUGUGCACAAAAGGUUUAUAGGUUGUAGUUGGUGCAGUGUGUACGUAGGAGUUUUCUGUUAACAAUUUCUUACCUGGAUCAGCUCGUUGACUGACCUGGGUGUGUAUAGUAAG